AUGAAGCAAAAGAUCGUGAUCAAGGUGAGCAUGUCGUCUGAGAAGAGCCGGUCCAAGGCCAUGGCACUGGUCGCCAGAGCCGACGGGGUCAGCUCGAUGGGGAUCAUCGGCGACGGCAAGGACCAGCUGGAGGUGGUCGGCGUAGACGUCGACACCGUGUGCCUGGUCACGUGCCUGCGCAAGAAGCUUGGCCACGCUGACAUCGUGAAGGUGGAGGAAGUGAAGGACAAGAAGCCGGAGGAGAAACCCAAGGUCGUGGAACUGCCGCCGUAUUACUGCUCUCGUUAUUACGGUUACUACUGCCACUACCAGCACCACUAA